AGUUAAAGUGAAACUCAGACAUGACGACGGUAGACAAUAGCGGGCGCACGUCCCUCCACCACGUGGCAGGUACGGGCCAUCUGUACUUCCUCAACGUCCUGUUGGGGCAAGGUGCCGACGUGAACGCUAGGGACAACUACGGCCUCUCUCCUCUCCACAACGCCGCAGAGAACGGCUACACAGAAGCCGUCAGCUUCUUACUAGACAGAGGCGCAAACCUGUUCGCGAAAGACAACGAUGACUGGACUGUGCUUCACUAUGCAGCGAAGAACGGGCACAGCGAAACCGUUAAGCUGCUGUUGGAUGAAGGGAUGGACUUGAGUGAGAAAGAUGGUGACGGCUGGGCGGCUCUACAUCUAGCAGCGUGGAACGGGGAUUGUGAUACCAUCAGCUUGCUACAUGAGCGCGGCGCGAGUUUAGAUGUGGGGGAUGAUAAAGGUGGCACGGCGCUCAUCUACGCGGCACACAAAGACCAUGUCGACGCGGUCGUUCUACUACUAAACCGUGGAGCGGACUUGUCUCUGACAACAGACCAGGGGCGCACGGCGCUCCACAAUGCAGCACGGAACGGUCACUGUGAAGUUAUCGGCGUCUUGCUCGACGCAGGGGCGAGCGGAGCGUCCAAGGACAACGAGGGGUGGACUCCGCUGCAUCUAGCGGCGGCGUACGGUCAGCUCAACGUCAUCAGAACGCUGUUCAAUCGAAGGGUAGACAUGGCGGCCAAGGACAACCGUGGGAGGGCGCCGAUCCACCUGGCCGCACAGAGCGAUGACAGCGAAGCGGUUAAAAUCUUACUCAACUACGGCGCACCCGUCGACUCCAAAGACAAGGACGGCCAAACUGCGCUACUAUACGCGGCAAAGUGCGGAAACUGUGACUGCGUGGAAGUCUUGCUCGAGCAGGGUGCAAGUUUGGCUACCAAGGACAGUUUAGGAGCGACGGCGCUACACUUGGCCACAGACGACGGUCAAUUAGACACAGUGAGUCUCCUACUAGACAAGGGAGCAAACCUGGACGCCAAGGACUACGGAAAGCGGGCCGCUCUCCACAUCGCAGCCUGUAACGGCUACUGCGAGAUUAUCAACCUUCUCCUAAACAGGGGAGCCGACAUGGACACUAAAGACCGCGAUGGUAAGACCGCCCUGCACCUGGCAGCUGAGAACGAAGACCCCGACGCCAUCUCUUACCUUCUCCGGCAAGGAGCGAACAUUGGCGUGAAAGACAUGAACAAUAGAACGGCUCUACAUCUUGCAGCGGCGAACGGAUACUGCGAAAUCGUCCGCCUGCUUAUAAACCGCGGCGCUGGCUUGGAUACGAAAGACAAAGCAGGCUGGACGGCGCUUUUCCACGCUGCUUGGAACGGGCACUGCAGUGUCAUCGCGCUCUUGCUGAAGCUAGACACGGACUUAACCAUCAAGGAUAUGAACCGUAGAACCGCACUUCACCUAGCGGCGCUACAGGGACAUGCAGAAGCGGUGAGCAAGCUUCUGGGAGAGGGAAUAGACUUUACCAAACAGGACAACAAACGCAGAACAGCCCUGCACCUGGCUACACUAAAAGGACACUGUGAUGUUAUAAAUAUUCUUCUGGCUGGAGGUUUAGACCUGCACGCGAAGGACAACUGUGGCUGGACGCCUUUACAUAUCGCUGCUUCUAAGGGCCAUAAAGACGCCAUCAACUUACUGUUAGACAGAGGAGCGGACCUGUGGUCUCGGGACAACGCAGGUUGGACGCCGCUUCACCGGGCAGCAGUAGAAGAUAAGGUCGCGAUCGUGGAGACCUUACUGAUGGCAGGAGCGGACGGGAACCUGGUGGAUAACCACGGCAAGAAGCCGGCAGACGUCGCCCCGAAACACAGCCGGAGUCAGCUGCUGCUGAUGUCUACUCGCGACAGGUUCUCUCCGGACCUGAGACGGUCGUGUAGGAUGAAGAUUCACACGGUCAUGGGGCAGGAUAAGGAGAAGAACGUUCAUACCCUCCCUCUGCCAAACAUGCUGAAACAGUACAUCUUGUUUAGAGAGACCGCUGUGGUUUAGGGCUCUACUAGUAUAUAUGGGUUCAAGAAGUAGUGUUAUUCAGGGCUAGUAAAGGCCACAAAAGGCUAAACGAAGGAGAGAAUAUCUAGCAAUAUUUAACAGGGCAGGCACAACAUGCUUAUUAGACAGAGCGCUAUAUUUUAGGGCUCAAGAAAUGAUAAAUUGGUGCUGUUCAGGGCUACUACGGGUCACGAGAGGCUGAACGAAGGACAGAAUAUCUAGCAGUAAUAUUUAACAGGGCUUUACAUUAUGUUUAGAGAGAGCAAUGUGUUUUAGGGUUUAGUUCAAGAUAAACAUGGGUUCAAAAAGUGCUAUUCAGAGAUACUAGGGACCGUUAAAGGUAAGAAAAGGGAGAGAAUAUCUAGCAACAGUUAACAAGGUUGAGACAGUACCUUCGUUUAGAGAGAGAGAGAGAGACGUGUUUUAGGGUUCAAAAUGUGAAAAGGGGCCGAAAAAGCAAGACGAAGUAGAAAAUAUCUACAUGAACAUGCUAUAUAUUCAACAGGACCGAAACGGUACAACAUAUUUAGAGAGAGCGCUGUGGUUUAGGGUUCAAGAAUUAAAACGAAUACGUGCUGUACAGGGCUACUAUAAAGGGCCACGAAAGGCAAAAAGAAGGACAAAAUAUUUAACAGGGCUGAAACUGUACAUCAUAUUUGGAGAGAGUACUGGCACAGUGGAGUGUUUGAACUGUAUGGAAGAUGAGCCUAAUGUGAGGAAACGCACGUCUAAUGUGUUUGUAUCUGAAGACCACGAAGGAAUGUUGAAGAAACUGCUGAGCAGGACAUGUUGCUUCGAGGUGUCAGAA